AGUCUCGAAAACUAGAAACGAGGACGAACUUUUGCGAGUAUGGGGAAGUGUUAUUUUAGCCUGUUGGUACAGUGUAUGUGCAGAUAUGUCUGAUGUUCGUUCCUUAUGGAUGGAAUGGUAGCGGUCAUCGGCGUGAUCUUGCUGGCGGCCCUGGGAUCUCGGGUAUCGGCCUUAGCCCCUACCUGUUGUGUCCAGGUCACAGGUUCGUGCAGAAGAUCUUGUGAAGAGAUGUCACUAGUAGACAUUUCCACCAGUGAAGACAAACGACAAGAGCACCUCAUUAAUCUUAACCGUCUGUGUUCAAAGCUUUUGGUGGACUUUUGGAAGUGCAUGAACGAAACACUAGAAGAAGUGGAUCGUGGGGCAGAAUGGGUGGGGCGUCCAUGUUGCAGCCUCCCCCAGACAGCAAGCUGUCGACUAGCCUGUUUAAAGGCCAAGUCUCGUUUUGAGGUGUCUCAUACUUGUCGACAUAGUGACGAAAUCUCAUUUUACUUCUGUAUUGAUCGACAGGAAGUUGGAGAGUCCUGUUGUCAACAGUCUAGAAGACCAGAAUGCCGUAAAGCGUGUUGGGAAGUGUUUCGUUCUUCCAUGACUCCUAGCAAAGAGAUCAGAGAGGCAGUGUUUAAUCAAUGUGCACAGCACAGUCCUCAAGUGCUCCAUUGUGUUCGUAAUUAUACACACACCACACCUGCCGAUAACCCCACCCGAAAUCUUCACUGUUGUGAACAAUCCUCCAAUCGGCAAUGCCGUGUCAUCUGUCGCGAAGUCCUACGUACUCAGACUACUGACCAAGAGAUAAUUGAUAGUCUAAUACAAGGAGGUUGUGGACCUCCUCUACCUCAUGAUGAGUUGUGGCAAUGUUUUCUGGCGAACGCUGAUUCCUCUAAGUCUGCGCUGGUUCCGAGAGUAGAUCACACCGGAUUGGACAGUGCCAAGCUACAGUGCUGCUAUCGUGCGGUGACCUUGACGUGUCAAAGAUUGUGUCUGAAGACGUUUUCCAACGAAUGGGCAACAACUUGGGAUGAAUUCCACCGAGUAUGCCAAUAUAAACCAGCAGAAGCAGAUAUGUUACACUGUCUGGCAGAUGCGGAAGAACCCUGUGAGCUAGGUUGUGAAGGGCUCAGCUAUUGUACCAACUUUAACUACCGUCCUAUCCAACUGUUUCGCAGCUGCGAAGUAAGAGCAGAUCGUGCCGCACGCAGUGACGUAGAACUAUGGAGAGCAGGAGUUAUUCAUUUGCCCGUGAUGGAUGUCCCCGUGUUAGAUAUUAGCACAUGUUAUCCAGAGACCUGGAAAACAAUUGCUUGUGUGUUACAGAUCAAACCUUGCCACCAGAGAUCGCACGCUAACAUGAUUUGCAAAUCUGACUGUAUUGACAUUUUGAGUAAGUGUGUGGAUUACAGUCGACUUCCAGCUGGCCAAACCCCAACAACACUUUGUGAGGUUCUUUCACCACCAGGGGAGGAUCCCCCUUGUGUGUCUUUAAAACCGUACUUAGAAGAAAGUAUUCACGUAAGAGUAGCAGCGGAAGUGACGCAUCCUUGUACAUCCAGGGCAUGUAAUGGAACUGAUGUUUGUGUUGUGAACCGUGAAUGCUCUCAUGGUCAGCCUUGUUUUCCUCAUAAGUGCCUUAGCGGUUGUAAAUUGGGAGAGAUGUCUCAUCUCGUUGUUCCUAAAGGAUCCUACGUUCGAAUUCCAGAAGUAUCCCACGAAUAUCAUUGCCAGAAAGAGCAACAGAUUUGCCGUUGUUCCUCCUUGGGAAAACUAGAAGCGUGUGUCAACCUACCUUGUGUGAACCAGAAAAACUGCUGGUUGAAAGGAGACAAGAUACCUCACAAUUCACACUUUUACAUCGACUGUAACAAAUGUAUUUGUUUCUCUGGUGAAAUUGUGUGUUCCCAACGGUCAUGUCCGGAUAACACCGAGAUGAAACAAUCGACAUACAUGAGCACUGGUUUGCCGUGUAGCUGCCCCAACCAUUACGUCCCAGUGUGUGGAAUUAACGGCAAGACGUACCCAAGUGCUUGUUUGGCGAGAUGUGCUGGCCUUCGAGACAAACAGUUUGAUUUUGGUGGUUGUUCUUCUGAAGAUCCAUGCAAACCCAACCCUUGCCAUCAUCAUCAGAAGUAA